AGCUUCGCCGAUAGAUGGCAGAUCAGUUUUGCGACACAAUUCUAACCUUAAAAUAGCAGAUCUGAAAUUUCAUAUAAACUUUUAAAUUUAUGUAUUAAUAUUAAUUAAUACUUCAUUCGAAGAAAGUAACUAAUUAGCUAUUUAGUUCUUAUUAUAACAUAAUUGUUAUUGAACAACUUUGUACUGUUUACAUUCAUUCGUAAGAUGAAUAGUUCAGUAGAUCCUAGACGUCCAGAACGAGAGGUUCGUUACAAACCCACAGCAAUGAGUAGUCAGACACAACCAGGCGAUUAUUCAACGCCAGAUUAUAUGAACAUAUUAGGAAUGAUUUUUAGCAUGUGCGGUUUAAUGAUGAGAUUGAAGUGGUGUGCAUGGGUUGCACUAUAUUGUUCUUGUAUUAGUUUUGCUAAUUCUAAAGUGAGCGACGAUACUAAGCAAAUUCUUAGUAGCUUCAUGCUGUCCAUAUCGGCAGUUGUAAUGUCAUACUUACAAAAUCCACAGCCUAUGACUCCACCAUGGGCAUCGGCAAUGCAAUAAAAGUACUUCAAAAUGUC